AUGGGACCAGAUUCAGUAACGACAUCGGCGUCUCCACCCUGGGAUCCACUUUCUGUCUCCGGAGGCCAGUCUGGGCUCCGAAGUGCUACAACGCGGCGGAGCCCUGGGACACAUUCUAUAAUCCUAUACUUGUCUGGGACACUCCCUUGUCCACUCUUGGCGCAGCCCUAUAUUAGAUUUCGAGAGUUAAAUGCUUGCUUGAGCGGCGGCUUCGGCUCGUUCUUUCUGGACGGAGAUAGAGGCGAGAGGUUAGGAAGCGAGAGGAAGAGUGAAAGUCCCCCCUAUGUUGUAAGUUCAAAGAAUGGCUUGAGUGAAAGCUGGAGUGGAAAAAGACAGAUUGAAAGCAAAGGCAAGGGAGCUGAGAAAGGUGAGAUAGUGCGAAAAGGCAGAGGCGCGAGCCCUUACUAUACUAUAAAGGAGCUUUGA